GUGCGGCACACCGGCGCAGCAAUCGCUUCCGCUUCCUCUGUUUCCGUCUCGGAUCGUCCCCGCGCCGUGGGGACCGCACGGGGAACCAUGCUGCGGGACGCCGGUUGACCCGCGGUCACGAUUCGUCGCCAACGGACCACCGUCACGCUGGCCGGAAGUGUCGCGGCCCGUGGGUGAUUGCCUCCCGAUCGUCUCGUCUUCGGACCGUCGCGUCGGCUCCCUGUGAUCCCGGUUACGCUCGCCGGUUACUUCCGGUUACGUUUCUCCGGCUUCCGGCCGCGAUCGCCGGCUUCCGGCGAGCCGCGUUCCGCGGACUUCCGUCGACUUCGGCCGAGCCGAAUCGGACUCGAUCGGAGAUCGCGGUCGCCCCCAGCGUCGUCGAAUCGCGACGAUCGAGGUCCGAGGAAAUUUCAGGCACCCCAGGAAGGUCGAAGAAUUUUGCGGGACUCGUUUCUGCGAGAGGUUCGAUGCGAUAGCGAAUUCUUCGUUCGGGUAUCGGCGUCGCGUGGUUAGGCGAACUUGUGCCGCAUGCGACGACGGCUCUUUCGUUGUCGGCUACUGUCGUUCGAGAAGAGUGUAGAAGCUUUUUGUGCGGAGUUCCGAGUUUGGGUUGUAUGUCGAAGUCCGUCGGUAGAUCGACUUGUUCGGUUAAGCGUGGCUCGCGGAGGAGGAUGGCUUAGACGCGCGAUCGGCGACAGUGCGUUCACCAUCGGGACCAAGGAUAACCGAGGCGAAAGGACCGCCGAUCGACCGUGCAUCGACCCUUUGAACUGGUCCACCGGGUCCACGUCGAGUCUACGCGGAGCCUAGAUCGCGCCUAGACCGAGCCCAGAGCGACCCCGAAGAGGACACUCGAUCCAAAUCGUCGGCGAGCUCGAGGAGAACGCUCGACACUUCGCGGACUUCGGCCCCGAAGAGGGGCGAAGCAGUGGUCAGAGUGAAAGAGGACACCCCGAGGAAGAUCCUGAGGACGACACACGGUGGCUUCGAGGACCUGAUCGAGGAGGAUGCAGUGGCGCCGACAGCGAAGGGUCACCCACGUGAUCGGCUCGUCCAAUCACGUUCUACUUUUAGCUAGGUACCAAGACGAUCCGCCGGGCGAGGAGGACGAAGAGGAAGGAUUAAGGAGUUCGCACAAUUUCGAUCGUCACAGGCAGGACGGCUACAAACCCUGGAGAAAUGCGAACGGCGGCACCAACGGAUACAAUGGCGCCGGAUCACGUUCCCACAGAGACGAGUCAGCAGGGUCGCCGUCGCAGCCGAAGACAAACUUCAACGAGGACGAGUACAUGCGGAUCGCCACGCCCCGGCAGGACAUGCUGUUCAAAAAGGGCUACUUCUCGAAGAAGAAGCUCUGGGCAGGGAACGCCAGCACGAGCGCGACACCAUCGACCACCGAGAGCCAAUCUGCUUCGCAUUCCACCGCAGGUAGAGACGGCAGCGAAACGACCGAGGACCAGCAGCUAUUGGACAGGGACUGCGGAAACGGUGAGAAUCCGCCGGUGGUGGAGCCCAGGGCGCAAUUAGGCUACGGGACGUUUUACGACCACGCGAGCGGUUACUAUUACGAGUACCCGGUGAUGUUGUUCGGUCCUGCGCCGGUACCAGCGCCGGUCGGGCCGAGUGUCCUAGCAGCCGUGCCCUGCGAGCCGGUGCCCCUGAGGCCGAUCGAAUGGAUCAAUCCCGCGUUCGUGCACAAAUUGGCCGAUCAGCCGUACUGCAUGAUGAACUACCAGUUGCAGACGGGCGCGGAGAGCGCGGCCAUGGUGCGAGAGGAGCACGAAACGAGCGAGGUGCCCGUGGAGAACACGAACGGCACGUGCAACGAGAGCGGUACCGGUACCGGAAGCGCCAGCUGCAGCGGAAGCGUGGUCGGCGAAGGCGACGAGCAGCCGGCCGAGGCUGCCGCCUCCAAGGAGAACCAGACGGACAGUGAUCUCCAGGCGGAGGAACAGGUGGAGGAGUUGUACAUGGACGAGCAAUACGUGGAAGAUCAAUGCAUGGUGAACGGGAUGGUCGACGGGCCGUACUUGAAGCCGGUGCUGAUGCAGCAGCCGGUGCACGUGUCGCACGUGAUACCGGCGGUGCCGCAACCGUACAUGUACCCGGGCCACUACAUGUUCGGCCCGCCCUUGGUCAACGUGAAUGGUGUUACCAUACAGGGAGGGCCCAUGAUCAGAACCACGAACGUGGCAGUUAUGUCGGCGGCCUGUGCCAAACGAAGGAAGAAGAAAAAGAGAAGAAAGCAGAGACUUGCUGCGGGUAACACGGAAGACGAGGAGGAAGGAGAGUACAGCUCGGAAUGUGAUACUGGUCUAUCGUCUUCCCGACUACCUUGGACAGACUGUUCAACAUCGACGACGACGACAACAACAACAACGACGACGACCAGCACGCGAACGCUGAAUCCCGAAUGCAAGGAGUUCCAGCUGCGGUCGGUCGUCGAGUUAAACGGUACACCGGUCUCCGCAAUUCCAACUUCCGGCGACACGCCAAUCUCGGCGGAGGGCUCGGCGACGAACCAGCCGAUGAGCACGUUGUCGUCGGAGACCGUGCCCGUUGACAAGGCGAACGAGUCGUGCAACGGUAUCGCCGGCGACUCGCAGAACGGCGAGGACGAGACCAUUAGCGAGAACUCUAUCCAGGUGGUCAGGUUGCCGAAGGCUCGGUCGACACCGCUGGAGGAGCAAAACGACGAAGCUAAGAGACUGAUGAACUGCCUGGCUGGCAAAGAGGAGGCACCUGUGAACACCGAGGUUACCAUCGAGGUUCUAUCAUCUAGCAACAGCAUGAACAACGCGCCGAAUGAUGCGUCGAACGGCAACGACCGCGAGGAGAUGAACGGCGUCAAAGAGGAGGUCGCCUUGAUGAACGGGGACCUGGAGUUCGAGUCGAACAACGAGGACGCGGCCUUGACAUCGAAGACGACGUCGUUGCACAACGAUGAACGAACACGUUCCAGAUCAGGCACACCAAAGACUGUCUCCGUGGAGAACACCGAGAACGGGGAGAACCACGAAUCGUUGACCAACGCUAAGUCAUCGUUACCAAAGAGAAAGUACAGCGUGAAAGGUGCAAAGUUCACGAGGGAGUCGACCCCCGGACCGGAUCUGAACGACGCCGCGGAAGCGGAGCCGGAGAAGGCGAACGACGCAACGCAGAGUCUGAAUAAUGUAAGCCCGAACGAUUAUACGAAAGAGGAUUCGACAUUCGAACGCGAGAAAACCGAGAACGAAUUGCCCAGCAAUUGCAUGUUCGAUACUGUGUGCAAUCAUUUGAACAACGAGGACCCGAUUGAAGUUUGCAACGAGGAUUCAGGGUUUGAAAGCCAAACGAGACACUCCGAGUACCCUAUCACGGAAGCGGUGACCCAGUGGCUUCGUAGAGUGAACUCGCCGGACGUGUUCAUUACGUCGACCAUUUCGGACAGCGAGUCGGAGGAUGAGGAGAAGGUGGAAGAGCCGCCAAAAAACUUGCAAGGCAACCCCAUGCCUGCACUAUCUGCUAAUAAUCGCGCAGACAAUCUAGGGUUGUCGCGCGCGACUAACUACGGUGAAUUCGCAAGGUCGGGUAACAACGUCAAGAACUUGGACCAGCCGGAUGGUACCAAUGGCGGGUCAAGGAAAAAGAAAGAGAGUAAGAAACGGUCGGGAGAACGUAGACGGGUCAGGCAUGUCGACGGCAAGCUGGAUGAGGUGGUGUCAUCGUCGGACUCGUGCGGCCAACGGGACGACUCGGUCAGAAAGAAAACUCUGGCGAAAGAUGUUGGUGAUAUUUGCGAAUUUACUGAGGAGGAUAGCGUUGCAGGUAUGAGGGUUGCGUCAAACUCUCGGAUAGACUCCAAGAGGGUCAAUGCAAGGCGAACGAAAAGACAGGGUGGGAGGUCGAACAGGGAUCCUGUGAAUAAUAACGAGAAGAUUAAGCACGCGGAUAACGAGAACGACAAUAAUGAGAAGGAAACGAACGAGGACACUGUGAACGUGAAAACGUUCGAGAAGGGUGAGAUAGUAGUGUCCGAGGACGGCAAGUUGUUGACGACUUCCGGCUACGAGACGCUAUGGAAUAACAACGCUACUGCGGUCAUGCCUGUGACCAAAAGUGAUACAACCACCAAAGAGGCAGCUAGGAGCAAAGAGAACAGAAGCAACAGUGUCGAGGAAGAGAACGCUAGUGGAAUAUUAUCCCUGGAUAGUAUAGAAGAGCUUGAUGUCCUAGAAUGCUGGGAGGCUGAGACGAUUGAACCUGUGAUAACCCCAAAGAAGAUUAUGCAAUGUCGAGGUGUAUCUUGCGAGGGCGAGGCUGGCGAGGAGGACAACACCGACCUUAAAGUCAAUGUGGACUACGUGCAGAAGUACUACAGAUUGGCACGGGAGAGUGCUAGUAUAGAAGAGGAUCUAAGCUCCAAAGUAACCGUAGAUUCAGUGCCAAAUCGUUCGGAUGACUCAAGGGCGGGGACUACGAUGGAAAGGAAAAACGACGCGAGUAACAUACCCAUCGAGGAAGCUUUCGAGGCGUACGAGAGCUGUUACACCGGGAAGUCUUCGUUCUUGAUCAUUGAUUCUAAGAUUUUUAAAUCACGAACGUUGUAUGGACAGGAGGGCGAGGGCCCUAUACCAUGCAAAGCGGUUUGUUGUAACAUUCAAUGAGGUUCGUCACGAGUACUUCACCACAGGGACACACCGGUCCCCGGUAAAAUACUGAUGUCAAGGCCGUCCUUUUCUGAGCAACGUAUGCCUCUGACGUUGUACUCCUUUUGCUGCUGGUAUAUUGAUGGACAUACACGCCAUACACGUUCAUUUUUUAUGUUCUUCAUUGCAUUAAAGAAUGUCUGAGAAACAACCCUGUGGGUGGUAGAGAUGUUCAAUGGUAUUUAGGGGCAUGCUCAAAGACAACGGUUGAUACAGCAGAAGCCUACGUGUGUUGCUAUUCAUUUUUGUAAAUAGCUUUUAAGGGGUCGCUCGCGAAUCGUGUGUCAAAGGAGACUUUUGGUAAAUUAAUUGUAUGCAUGGAGGCAUAUAUAUAUAUUUAUAUAUAUAUAUAUAUACGAUAUUUUUUGACAUUAUUGUCAACGAUGUAACACUUGGUGCACAUAUUCUUGUUUCGAUACUUUCUUUUCCUUUUGGUUUAUUCUUCGUUUUCAUUAUACGAGUAUGCGAGUUUUUUUUCAAAGCAAUCGAGCUUAACGACAACAAAGAAAUCAAUCGUUUCUUGGAACUUAUUAUGUAUAAUGGAUAGUGAGGUCUGAAAUUCGAUGAAUGAGACAUCACCGAAUCAUACAAAACUGCCUCAUACCACACUGUUGCUCUUCUGUUGGUCUCGCUGUAUUUUAUAGGCACCACACAAAGUAAUCCUACAUCAAAGUGAUUAAGGGAUAUUUUUUACAAAACUUACUCUAGAACGUAAAUUUUAAAAAGCACGAAGAGAACACCUAGCGUUUUUCCACGCACCACGUUAGAUAGCCUUUCAUUUAGGAAAGUUUCGACUGCUCGUAGUAAGUUUUAAAAAGCACAUAAAAGAUUGUAAUCUGUAAUAGUGUGCGUUGUUCGUUUGAAGAAAGAAUGAUAUAAUUCUGUACGAGAAAGAAAUGAAUAACACACUGACAGAUAUUUAGUGAUCGAUUAAACGAUCCAAAACUAUGUUUAAAGAUACAGUAAACAUUACGAUGGUCGUAUUCACAGAUGCAAUAGGAUCUUUGACUAGGUGCAGAGUAGUCGUUAAACAGAAAAUGAAUUGGUAAUGCAGUGGUUUAUGUAACUAAUAUCUAUAGCUGUUACAGAGCUGAAAUAAGAUUGUAUAUAGAUAAAGCUUUCAAAGAAAUUUCAAUUAUGAUUACUGGUUUUUGUUAAGCGAGUAAAAGACGAGCAUGUUGUUUUGUAAUAGAUGUUGCAGUCAGGAAUAGGGAAACACAUCUCACGCAUACACAUUAUAAUGUACAAGUUGCACUUGUUACAACAUAGUUCACGCUUUAGUUGAGUUGUAUCAAGUAGAUUGAAUAUCUCAGGAUGCAUAUUAUGUAAGUUGAUCGAUAGACGUGGUUCGUGAAAAUCAUAUAUGUACAUAUAUAUAUAUGUGUACAUAUAUAUAAAAUAAACAAACUUACAUAUGUACAUAUAUAUAUAUAACCCCAUAUCAUAAGGUGCGAAACAUACCUCAAAGAUACCUGUAUAUACAAAACUACUGAUCAUCCAAGCAUUAGUAACAUCAAGUAUAAUUAUAAUUAAUAAUAUUAAUAAUAAUGAUAAUGUUAAUGAUGAUAGCGGUAAUUAUAAAAAAAAAACUAUUAUCACAACAGCGAUGUAAGCACAAUCGUUCCUGCGAAGCUUUAGAUUCCCUAGGCAUCAUACACGUAAACACAAUUACACAGGACGAUUCAUAUACUUCUAGAAAUUCAUUGACAUCCGAACUACAUUAAAGAUAAAUAUAUCGCUAUAUUAAAUGCGCGUUGCAUCAAUUGUGUGCCUUAUUCCGCGGCUGCCAUUUUUGUAACCAUUUCAAAGCAUUCAUCUCGAUGAGAGAACAAAGGCUAUCGGGGCAAAAAAUGAAUACAUUGAUUUUUUCAUACAUCAAUUAACAUGGUCAUCAAGUAUUUACAACUGACGUGCAUACAUUCAUAAGCAUGUAGACAUUAACAUUGCAUCUUACACAAGUCAUAUAUUAUCGUAUAAUUAUAUUUUAGUUGAAUUAAAAAGUAAACGUGUAAGGAAUAAGUGUACUUGAAUUUUGUUGUGUUUUUGCUUAAAAAAUAUGAAUAAAAGGUUUCAAUUAAUUCGCAGCAUCAUUAAUUCUCUACCGAAAUAAUUAUUAUAAGAACGUAUAUGAACUAUGAAUAAUACACUUGAAAAAAUA